AUGGACAACAUCAAUGCGAGGGCUGGCUUUAUGCCUGGUCUCUUUGGUCGACACAGAGGACCAAGGACCGGAGCAACACCUGCUGGUGCAGACGAGAAAAUGCAAGGCCCAAAACCAUCCUCAUUCUUCAUGAGGAUCCCUAAUAAGCCUCGAAAUCACUUCAUUGCCAUGGCCGGCGAAUUCGUUGGCACUUUUCUUUUCCUCUUCUUUGCUUUUGCUGGCACCCAGGUCGCCAACACUCCUCAAACCACAAGUGGCUCGCAGAGUACCGAUCUGCCGCAGGGCCCGAACCCAAUCCAGCUCCUCUACAUCAGCCUCUGCUUUGGUUUCUCUCUUGCCGUCAAUGCAUGGAUCUUCUUCAGAAUCUCAGGAGGACUGUUCAACCCAGCUGUGACCCUAGGUCUGUGUCUGAUCGGCGCCGUCCCCUUCCUUCGAGGUGGUCUUGUCUUCAUCGCACAAAUACUUGGCGCUAUUGCAUCGGCCGGAGUUGUCAAGGCGCUGUUUCCCGGGCCUCUCGCUGUCUCAACAUCUCUUAGUGGGGGAACAAGCAAGGCACAGGGUCUCUUCAUUGAAAUGUUCCUCACCGCUCAGCUUGUCUUCACCAUUAUUAUGCUUGCCGCCGAGAAACACAAAGGAACAUUUCUCGCUCCUGUCGGCAUCGGCUUGUCUCUCUUCAUCGCUGAGCUAGGCGGCGUCUACUACACCGGUGGAUCUCUGAAUCCAGCUCGAAGUUUCGGUCCUUGCGUGGCUAACCGCCGCUUCCCAAGUGAACACUGGAUCUACUGGGUUGGACCCUUGCUUGGAGCUAUUCUAGCUGCCAGCUUCUUUUGGUUCAUCAAGAGCUGCGAAUACCAGACUGCCAACCCAGGUCAGGACUUUGACGACCUCGAAGCUUCUGCGUACAAGCCAGAAGAGGAUCUUACUCGGCCCGUUGUCAGCCCAACAGCUGUGAUCCCUGACCGCUCGAUCUCCCCUGUCGCUUCACGGCCGUCUAAGGAGGAGCGAUCCGGCACGUAUCAACCAGCUCGACUGGGUUCCGGUGCAACGAACACCACUCUAGGACCGGCUGCGAAUGGCAACACAAUUCAUGAUCGGACCACCGUUCCGACGUGA